AUGGAUUUGUCAAGUGUGUCGGCUCGACCUCCUACUCUUGAUAGUGGUGGGAAGAACUACAACUUGUGGAAAACUAGGAUGAAAAUUUAUAUCAAAUCUAUUGAUGAACGUGCCUGGGUGGCUGUGUUGGAUGGGUGGACCCCACCGCGUACCACUGAUGAAAAUGGAGUGACUUCUCUCACACCCGAGAGUAAAUGGUCUGCUGAUGAAAGACUUAUUUCUAACCAUAACUCCAGAGCCUUGAAUGUUAUCUUUAUCUCUGUUGAUGUUCCUGCAUUUCGCAUGAUUUCUAAUUGCACGGAAGCUCGAGAUGCUUGGCUCAUUUUGCAGGAACAAUGUGAAGGUUCAGCUAGUGUUAGAGUAACAAAAAUGCGAAUGUUGACCACCAAAUUUGAGAUUUUGAGAAUGCACGAUGAUGAGACUAUCUCUACAUACUAUGAAAAACUUUGUGAAAUCUCAAAUGAAGCUGUUGGACUUGGAGAACCUAUUAGCAACGAAAGAUUGGUCAGUAAGUUACUGAGAUCUCUGCCUGAAAGGUAUAACACGAAAAUCUCUUCAAUUGAAGAAACUGCUGAUGUUGCUAAUAUGCGUGUUGGUGAUCUGGUCAGUAAGUUGUUAACUUUUGAGAUGAAUCUCGAACAGCAGAAAGCUGGUCAUGUGUCCAAAAGUGUGGCUUUUCGUGUUGAAAAGAUUCAUGAAAACUCUGAAAUUUCUAAUUUGUCUGAGUGUACAGAUGUUGAUCCCGAGGAGGAAGAUGAUGUUAAUCUUGCUAUGUUGGUUAAAAAUUUUAACAACAUGCUGAAAUCCUUUAAGAAAGGAAAAUCCAAAAAUGGUUUUAGGAAACCUUCUAGGAUGUCUGCUGGAUCUUCAUCCAACAUCACCAGUGUUAAGAAGAAUGUUGGAACAACAUCUGAAGUUAGAAGUUUUGAUCACAUUCAAUGCAGGGGCUGUCAAGGGAUGGGUCACUACGCAAAUGAGUGUCCCACAGUUGCAAGAAAAAGGCAUUCUGGUCUUACUGCAACUCUUAGUGAUGACUCAGAUUCUGAGGAGGAAAAAGUUCUCCUUAUGGCUACAGUUGAUGAAGAGGAUUUGCAGGAAGAAGACAUGAUUGGAGCUCUUGAAGAUCUUGAUGAUGAAAUGAUUUAUUCAGAUAGCUUUUCUAAAUCUGAAACUCUGAGUGUUGAUGACAAUAUUUCCAGAUCCGACUGUGAUGUUGAACUGAUUGAUGUGUCUGACAAUAUGAAUGUUGAUGUUGAUGUUGCCAACACUGAUGUGAACAUCUCUUCUAAAAAUGAUCAGUUUGAUGUGAUUUUUAACAAUGAUGUUUUUGACCUGGAUACUGAUGUUCAGGAGAUUGAUGGGAUGAAGAUCCCCACUAACACAACAAACUGGUAUGAAAUGACUAUUCUUGAUGAUUUCAACUCUAGUAUACCAGAUUUUUGUUGUGUUGCAGCCUUGGAAGAACAGGAGAGUGAUCCACUGAAAGAGAUGGAGAAUUUUAAAGAUCUCUAUGAGGUUGUUGAUUCUCAAUGUCGGGAGUUGAGAAAUGACAUCUGUAUGUUGGUUGAUGAAAACCAAAAUCUCAAAGAGCAAAUUACAAGGCUUGAAAGGAUGCUCUCACAACGUGAUGUUGAACUGGAAAUACUCCGAGGUAAACUUUGUGAUUCUGAAAGGAUGUUUAAACGGUUCAACAAAGGGACCUCAUGUUUAAAUGAAGUUCUGUCUCAAGGUCAGCAUAGUAAUUUUGGUAUUGGUUUCUGUGCUGAGGAGCAAAGAAAGCAACAUCAUAAUUCUACUAUUUUUGUUAAAGAAAGAAAUGUCAGUGUGAAUGUUGACAACAUUAAGGAUCCUCAUAAGAAAAGCAAAAAGAAAAAAUCAUAUGUUUGUCAUUAUUGUUAUGCUCCUGGACAUAUCAAACCUCAUUGUGUCAAAUACAUUAGUGAUUGUGCUGUAAAAUCUGCAACACAGAUGUUUGACUGUUACCAGAAGAAUGUUAGUAACAUUGGCAGAUUUGACUUUAGCAGAUUGUUGGAUAAGAGAGAACAAAAUGAAACCUGUAAUACUGUUGUCUGCACAUCCUUGAACGCUAAUAUUUCUGAGAAUUGGUACUUUGAUAGUGGGUGUUCUAGACAUAUGACAGGAACAAAGGCUUUACUCUCUGAUUUUGUUCCAACAUCUGGAGGAAAAGUUACUUUUGGAGGAGGUGCGAAAGGAACAAUUCUGGGGAAAGGAGUUCUCAAUGUUACUGAUUUUCCUAAAUUAAAAGAUGUGUAUCUUGUUGAAGGGCUUAAGGCUAACCUGUUUAGCAUAAGUCAGUUAUGUGAUGCAGGUAUGACUGUAAAGUUCGACAAACAUCUUUGUGAAGUCUUUGAUGACACAAAUCAGUGUGUGAUGAUGGGAAAAAGGUCGUCUGACAAUUGCUACAAGUCCCAAGAAGAAACGUUCUGCAAUGCAGUCAAACUUGAUGAUGUUGAACUUUGGCAUCAACGACUGGGACAUGUCAACUUCAAGAAUCUUCAAAAGUUGAUCACACAUAAUGUAGUUUGA